CUCUGCAGUUGCUGUUGUUGCUGUUAACGCCAUGAAUUGGACUGAAUAGCUGAGCUGUUCAGAUGUGUUGAUGCUACCUCUCCGGUCGUUGUUUCAUCCCCACUGUGGUGACACAAAUACAGAAGUAGAGGCUAAACUCUGGGUAGUGCGUGUGUGCAAGUGUGUCAGUGUGUGUUACAUCUCUGAGCAGUUCUGUUUUCACACACUGCAUCUGUGAGAGGAUGAGGAAGUAGCUUUUUGAAUUGUUGCAGUGGAGGUCUUGUAGGUUUCUGCUGGCUGCUGUUGGAUCGGACCGUCCUGGCUUGUGUGGGUGAUGGCUGCAGUGUGAGGAGGCACACCUGUGGAUUUUAACGACACAAACUCCAGACAGAGGACACCUAAGGAGGAGAGGCCAACUGGAACAAUGGCAAAGUACCACUGGCAGAGUCAAAAUGUGAAGCAGAGCGGCGUGGACGACAUGGUCCUGCUGUCCAAGAUCACAGAAGAAGCCAUUGUGGAAAACCUGAAGAAGAGAUACAUGGAUGACUACAUUUUUACAUACAUCGGCCCUGUGCUGAUAUCAGUCAACCCGUUUAAACAGAUGCCCUACUUCACUGAAAGAGAGAUCGAACUUUACCAAGGAGCUGCCCAAUAUGAGAAUCCACCACACAUCUACGCUUUGACUGAUAACAUGUACAGAAACAUGAUGAUUGAUGGGGAGAAUCAGUGUGUCAUCAUCAGUGGUGAGAGUGGUGCUGGAAAGACAGUGGCUGCCAAAUACAUCAUGGGUUACAUUUCUAAAGUUUCUGGAGGAGGAUCCAAAGUUCAGCAUGUAAAAGACAUCAUCCUACAGUCGAAUCCUCUGCUAGAAGCUUUUGGUAACGCAAAGACUGUACGCAACAACAACUCCAGUCGCUUUGGCAAAUACUUUGAGAUUCAGUUCAGUAGAGGAGGAGAGCCAGACGGAGGUAAGAUCUCAAACUUCCUGCUUGAGAAGUCAAGGGUGGUGAGCCAGAAUGAGAACGAGAGAAACUUCCACAUUUACUAUCAGCUGAUAGAGGGCGCCAAUGCUCAGCAGAAAGAGGGCCUGGGUAUCAUGACCCCAGACUACUACUACUACCUCAACCAGUCUGGGACCUAUAAGGUGGAUGGGACCAAUGACAGCAAAGACUUCCAAGAGACUAUGGAAGCCAUGCAGGUUAUUGGGAUCCCAGGUGACAUCCAGACUCAGGUGCUACAGAUCAUUGCAGGCAUCCUCCACCUGGGAAACAUCAGUUUCAUAGAGGCAGGAAACUAUGGACAGGUGGAGAGCACAGACUUGCUUGCCUUCCCUGCCUAUCUGUUGGGAAUCGACCCAAACCGUCUGCAGGACAAGCUGACCAGCCGGAAGAUGGACUCAAAGUGGGGAGGGAAGUCUGAGUCGAUAAAUGUUACCCUGAACCAGGAGCAGGCCACCUACACAAGAGAUGCCCUGGCCAAAGCCCUCUAUGCAAGGCUCUUUGACUACCUGGUGGAGGCCAUAAAUAAAGCCAUCCAAAAACCAUAUGAAGAGUUCAGCAUUGGAGUGCUUGACAUUUAUGGCUUUGAAAUAUUCAAGAGGAAUGGCUUUGAGCAGUUCUGCAUCAACUUUGUGAAUGAGAAACUGCAGCAGAUCUUUAUUGAACUGACUCUGAAGGCUGAGCAGGAAGAGUAUGUUCAGGAGGGCAUCAAGUGGACCGCCAUAGAGUACUUCAACAACAAGAUUGUGUGUGAUCUCAUCGAAAAUAAAUUGAACCCCCCUGGUAUUAUGAGUGUGCUGGAUGAUGUAUGUGCCACCAUGCAUGCCAAAGGAGAGGGCGCAGAUGGCACCCUGCUGCAGAAACUGCAGGCAGCUGUGGGAACUCAUGAACAUUUCAACAGCUGGAACUCUGGCUUUGUCAUACAUCACUAUGCUGGCAAGGUGUCAUAUGAUAUCAAUGGCUUCUGUGAGAGAAACCGAGAUGUGUUGUUUCCUGACCUCAUUGAGCUUAUGCAAAGCAGCGACUAUGGCUUCAUCAGAAGUUUGUUCCCUGAAAAUCUGAACACAGAUAAGAAAGGAAGGCCGACCACAGCUGGGUCAAAAAUCAAAAAACAAGCCAAUGACUUGGUGAACACCCUGAUGAAAUGUACUCCUCAUUAUAUCCGCUGUAUCAAACCCAAUGAGACAAAAAGGCCAAAAGACUGGGAGGAGAGCAGAGUGAAGCACCAGGUAGAAUACUUGGGACUGCGGGAAAACAUCCGUGUAAGAAGGGCUGGAUUUGCAUACCGCAGAGUCUUCAAUAAGUUUCUAAUGAGGUAUGCUAUUUUGACAGCUGAGACAUGGCCAUGUUGGCGGGGUCCAGAGCAACAGGGGGUCCUUCACCUCCUCCGCUCUGUCAACAUGGACAACGAUCAGUACCAGAUGGGACGCACCAAGAUCUUUGUGAAGAAUCCUGAAUCUCUUUUCCUGCUCGAGGAGAUGAGGGAAAGGAAGUUUGACACUUUUGCCAGAAUCAUCCAGAAAUCCUGGAGAAGAUUCAUCGCCAGGAAGAAGUAUGAACAGAUGAGAGAGGAGGCCUCAGACAUCCUGUACAACUCAAAGGAGCGGAGGAGGAACAGCAUCAACAGAAACUUUGUUGGGGACUACCUCGGUCUAGAGCAGAAGCCUGAACUGCGACAGUUCCUGGCCAAGAGGGAGCGUGUCGACUUUGCUGAUUCUGUCAACAAGUUUGAUCGCAGGUUCAAGUCCAUCAAGAGAGAUUUGAUCUUGACCCCAAAGGGCAUCUACCUGAUUGGUCGAGAGAAGGUAAAGAAAGGGCCUGAGAAAGGAGAGAUAAAGGAGGUGCUGAAGAGAAAACUGGAGUUUGGGAGCAUCAGUAGUGUCUCCCUCAGUACGAGGCAGGAUGAUUUCUUCAUUUUACACGAGGCCCAGUACGACAGUCUGCUGGAGUCCAACUUUAAGACAGAGUUCCUCAGCUUGCUUUCCAAACGUUACGAAGAUGUGACCAAGAGAAAACUGACAAUCUCUUUCGCUGACAGAAUGGAGUUCAGAGUGAAGAAGGUGGGCUGGGGUGGAGGAGGCUCCAGGGUAGUGGUGUUUCAGAGGGGGCAAGGGGACCUAGCCCAGCUCAAACCUGGAGGGAAGACACUCACCAUUAGUGUAGGGGAUGGUCUACCAAAGUCCUCCAAGCCAACAAGAAAGAGUGCUCCACAGUCCCGGGGUGGAGGGAGAAAUAACGUCACCAGCAGAGGGUACCAGAAUGGAGCUGCCAAGUUUUCUAGAGCACCUCAACACCAGCAAUCAGACAUCACAUAUUCCUCCCCACACAAACAGGCCCGGCCACCCAGCACAGGUCCUCCCAAACUGGGCUCCCAAAGAGCCCCCAGAGCUCCAGUCCACAACCAGCACAACCAGGGUAACAUGGACUUCCUUAAUGUGCCCGAACAGGGCAUGUCGGGGCAGCAGAGGAAAAGGAGCAUCAGUCGCAGACCUCCUCCUGCUCCUAAACCACAGGCCCGUCCGAAAGGGCCCCGCUGUCGGGCUUUAUAUCAGUACAUUGGCCAGGACACAGAUGAGAUCAGUUUUGAUGUCAACGAGGAGUUCGACCUCAUCAAAGAAGAUCCAUCAGGCUGGUGGACAGGGAGGAUUCGAGGAAGGGAAGGUCUCUUUCCUGGCAACUAUGUGGAAAAGAUUUGAACAGGACUCAGUCAGCCCUGUUGGAGCUUCACUCUGGAGAAAUAAGUAUUUCUUUGAACACAGCACAUCAUUUUUGUUAAAGAGACAGUUAAUGGUAGAUCUGUAGAUCUCCAUUCAUAAUGGAAACAGUCAUGUUAAAGGCUGCACCUCCCUGACAUUUGAGCCACAUAUAACUUGUUCUGCAUGGUGACAGGCAUCACACCUCAAUACACAAAUCCACUGCAAUGAGCUGCUCAGGUUUCAUCACUGUUGUCUGGGACUUCUGCUCUAAAUGACAUAGCAACAAGAUCUAAACCCUCACCCAGUCUCAAAAAACACCUUUAGCUUAUGGUGUGUACAGUAUCAGAAAAGAUUUGAAUAUUUUUAAGUUAGGAAUAUGCUUAUAUUAAAAAUACAGCUUUAUUUUUGAUAUUGCCUGCUGUUCAGUCCACACAAUCACUCAUGUAAGUCUUUAAUGAAUGACCACGGGUAUUGAAUGAUAACUAUCGAGACAUCGAAUAAAUGUAAAGAUCAAUCAAAUAAAAUUGAAGAUCAUUUACCGGGAGUCUAAAUGUUUUCUGUAUUUUUGUUUUGAGAUGACAGAGUCAUGAGGUCUGAUAAUGUGUAGUUAAUGUUAAAGUGACCUUUAAAUGCUGCACAGCUUUUCUGAUGUCUACAUUGUUUAUAUUUGCCUAAAGCUUUUUCUAGACUUAAAUAAUGCUCAGUAUUCAUAAUUGAGACCAAAGCAUAAAAUCAAGUCUAAAAAGAUUUGCAUUUUUAAGUGUUUAAUUUGUUAAAAAUGCAAACUUGACUGUUAUUUUCGCACUGAAAAAAACUGCUUAAGUUCUAAGCCAUUAAAUAAACAAUGCUUUGUGUGACUAAAACAACAGAUUUUUACAAUAACCUUUUUAAAGUUUCUCAUGUACUUUUGAUUUUCAAAGUAACAGAAAUGUAUGUUCAUUUAUUAUUUACCUCAAGGACUUUUGCACUGGUUUAGAUGUCAUCAGUAGGUUAUGACUGAUUUCUGAAUAAAAACAGAAAAAGGAAACUUAGCUUUUGUUAUCUGUAAUUUCAUGUUGUUAUGUAAGAUAAUGCCAUUGCCUCACUGCCAAUAUUCACUCUGUUUUGUUACAUAAGAAAAUAAAAAAGUUUCAA